GGACAAACCAUGUUAAAACAUUCAGAUAGCUAUCAUCACCACAUGAAAUGGUAAUGUAUUGGACAUCAAGUGAUCAAAUGUCAUGCCGUCGUCAUCAAUGGUGACCGAAAUGCAAAACCAAUAUGACAUCAAUUCAACACCAGUUGAUAGCAAAACAACAAACAAUGAUCAGUCAGACGGUGAUUACGGCGAUGACAGCCAACCGCUGAUAAUAAAAUGCGGUGGUUGUGGUGACACCAUCGCCGACCGCUACUACCUGUUGACUGCAGACAGACAGUGGCACUGUCGGUGUCUCAAGUGUUGCCAAUGUGGCCAACAAUUAGAGUAUCAGAUGACGUGCUUCUCAAGAAACGGACUGAUCUAUUGUAAGCAAGACUAUUAUAGACUCUUUUGGUGGCAAAAGUGUGUCCGCUGUCUGCAAGUUAUACAACCAAAACAACUGGUAAUGAGGAUCAGUGUCGACGACGACGACAACAACAACAACAGUGACCACAACAGUAAUAGUCACUACUAUCACGUCCAGUGUUUUACUUGUGUGGCAUGUGAUCAACAACUGAAAAAAGGCGACCACUUUGGUCGUCAUAAUACAGAUAUUUAUUGUCAUUUGCAUUAUAAACAAGUCAAUGAUAAUGAGUGCCAUAAUUAUCACCACAAUUUGGUUAAUGCCAGUCAUGAACUACAGCAACAACAACAUCAACGACAGUGCUUCACAAACGGUGGCACCGAUUCUGAUGAUAUCUGUGAUAAGGCAUCAGUCAAAUCAAUGAGCGAUUCAUAUCAUGAAAAGCAAUCAAAACAUCACCGAAAAAGGAAAACAAAGUUAAGCCAAAAGUUCAUCGAUAAGUUGACCUCACUAUCACCCAACCAUUCACCAAAUGGGUCGCAAUGUGACUCUCCAUCGACAACCACAUCAUCAACACUGUUGACAUCGUUGUCAUCUCUGAGACGACCCAAACGGAACCGGACGUCAUUCAAACACCAACAGCUCAGAGCAAUGAAGCAAUACUUUAACCUCAAUCACAAUCCGGACUCCAAAGACCUGAAGCAAUUGUCGCAGAGGACAGGCCUAGCAAAGCGAGUCCUUCAGGUCUGGUUUCAGAACCAAAGAGCUAAAUGGAGACGAAGUCUAUUACGACAACAAAGUUCAGGGCCUCAGAUAGUGGAGGAAUGCCAGCCAUUGACCGAACUUAAUGAAUAUGCGUUGAGUACUGACGAGGAACAGACCAUCAUUGAAGAGGAACAGUGGUCGGCGCCCAACAUACAGGCGCUUUUCGUUGAAGUCCUUGUGAUAUCCGAGUGGUGUAAAUUCAGAGAUGAGAUGCCUGUUGUGCUCCGGCGCUGUCUGUUUUCCAAUACUAUGCCCAACACUGCUUCUCCUAUUUUCUAUCGGUUCUCUCCCUAA